UAUUUUUUUAAUUUUAAAUUUUUGAGUAAUUGAGAAUACACUACGAUGCUUUCCUAUCCAUGGUUGGCGCGUAAAUGUUAAGAGAAUUAGAACUACUGGGUCUCUCUUUGGGUUCUUCUUCUUUCAUGUUUCAGGAGCUUGUCAAUGAGUUUGAAACCAAAAACGUUGUCGUUCGGCAGACUGACAAAUCCAUACCCAAAUCCUAAUGAAAUCCCAAAAUCACAGACAGUGGAUCUGGGAAACGGAAGCCAAAUCGUAUACAGUCCAAGGUUCUUGAGCUUCGAGGAUUCAUGGAAGUGGUUCGAAUAUCUCAACAAUGAAAUCCCUUGGACGACACCUACCCUUCGUGUCUUUGGAAGAUCCUGCCUCCAGCCUAGAGACUCGUGCUAUUUUGCAAGUCCUGGGUUGCCAGAAUAUACUUACAGUGGAUAUAAGCCACAUGCCUAUUCGUGGGAUGAUUAUCCUCCACUCAAGCAACUCUUGGAGGCUGUUCAUAAAGCGCUUCCUGGGAGUAGUUUCAAUAGCUUGCUCCUAAACAGGUAUAAAAGUGGUAAUGAGUAUGUUGGUUGGCAUUCUGACGAUGAAAAGCUUUAUGGGUCAACUCCUGAAAUAGCAACGGUGUCCUUUGGAUGUGACCGUGAUUUCUUGUUGAAGAAGAAAAAACACAAAAAUUCUUCACAAGAAAGAAUAAAUGAUGAAGAGCCUGUGACAAAGAGGUUAAAGAAGAGCAGUCACGUUGAUCAGCACUCAUUCAAUCUUAAGCAUGGAUCACUUUUAGUGAUGAAAGGUUACACUCAAAGGGAUUGGCUGCAUUCACUGCCUAAGCGGGCAAAAGCUGAGGCAACUCGUAUCAGUCUCACCUUCAGGCAUGUGCUCUGAUGGGUUCUAAGAUCAGAGGAGAAUUGCAGUUUUGAUUGUUCUCCACUUCUCAUCUUACCUGUUCGACUGGCCUUCGCAAAAAUCCCACCUUUUGGUACAUAACUCUGUACCUUUUGUUUGAAGGAGGAAUGCUUACAUUGUUUUUCUCUCAAGUUACUUUGAAUGUCUUUGUUUGAACGAGUAAGAGACAUUAUUAGAAUAUAAAUUGGCAUUUCAUCCUA